AGUUUUCGUUGGUACUAUACGGUUGUCGUGACUCGUCCGAGAGGCGAGAUGUGGGGAUUAUUCGUUGUUUCUUAGCGAUACGCGAACUCUAUGAAUAUUUGCUAAGUAUUCAAGGAUAAUUCGUUUUUAUCUAUUAAACGGUUAAGUUUGUAACGUGUACGUUUGUGUUCCGUGCCUUUAGUUUAUGUAUCAUUGAUAAGUAUCUCAGGUAGGUCGCAUUGGGAGGAAGAUGACUGUUUUUAUCUACGAGAGUGUUGUGAUUUCCGUAUGAGUAUUUGUUAUUCACAAUGACUACCUAUACUAGAUCAGCUGGUGUCACUUUAAAGCCAAUUGAAGUACCUAAACCUCUCCAGGAUGGAGAAAAAUUCAUCAAAUGGGAUGAGGAUUCAGGCACAGGCUUACCUGUCACCGUACGAGUAGAUCCGAAUGGCUUCUUUCUCUAUUGGACAGAUCAGAAUAUGGAAGUUGAAAUGCUGGACAUUGCAACAAUUCGUGAUGUCCGAACUGGUGGUUAUGCUAAGCUGCCUAAGGAUCCAAAGAUAAGAAACGUGGUACUGAUUGGCUCUCAAGGCUCACUUGAAGAAAAAACCGUGACAGUCUGUCACGGCGCUGAUUUCGUGAAUAUUACAUUCGUGAACUUCUGUUGCACUAGGAAGGAAAUAGCACAGUUGUGGACAGAAGAGCUGUUCAACUUAGCGUACAAUCUGAACCAGUUCAACAAUCCAACUAUCAAGUUCUUGGAGAAACUCCACACGAAGAUCGUCUUGAAGGCAGAUAAGUCCGGGAAGAUAUUAGUUAAGAACAUAGUGAAGCUGUUCGCACAAAAUAAAGAAGACAAAAAGAGAGUGGAGAAAGCGUUAAGCGAGUCCGGCCUACCCACGGGAAAGACUGACACCAUCUGCCAGUCUAAGUUCCAAUUUGAAGACUUCUUUGGUUUCUAUAAAAGUCUCACCCAGCGCACCGAAGUACUGAAUAUAUUUAACAAACUUACGGACGGAAAACCUCACCUAUCAGCCACGCAGCUCGUUGACUUCCUCAACGAGGUUCAACGUGACCCUCGUCUGAAUGAGAUUCUCCACCCUUACGCAGAUAUGCAGAGAGCAAACGACCUCAUCAGGACAUAUGAACAUAAUAAAUACCACCAGCAGCGCUCCCAGCUUACGUUUGACGGGUUUUUGAGAUUUCUAAUGUCAGAGGAUAAUCCUAUAGUUGCGCCUAACAAAUUGGACCUCUGUGACGAUAUGGAUCAGCCCUUAGCGCAUUACUUCAUAAACAGCUCACACAAUACCUACUUGACUGGUCACCAGCUCACGGGAAAGUCCAGUGUGGAGAUUUAUCGACAAUGCCUUUUGGCUGGAUGCAGGUGUGUAGAGCUAGACUUCUGGAAUGGUCGAUUAGACGAGCCCGUCAUCUACCACGGCUACACAAUAGUGCCACAGAUCAACGCUCGUGAUGUGCUGGAAGCGAUCGCCGAAAGUGCCUUCAAGACCUCCGAUUAUCCAGUGAUACUGAGCUUCGAGAACCACUGCAGCCCGCGACAGCAGACAAAGAUAGCAAACUAUUGCAAAGAUAUAUUUGGGGAUAUGCUGCUGGAUAAGCCAUUGGACUCACAUCAACUUGAGCCCGGGGGAGAGCUCCCACCCCCGGCGUUGCUUAAGAAUAAAAUAAUAAUAAAGAACAAGAAAAAACAUCAUCAUCACCACAAAAAGGAAGAGAUGGUUGUGGUUGUUGAAGAAAGCGAACAGCAAGUGCCCCAGGGGAAUGGAGAAGUGGCGCAUGGAUCGCUAGUUCGACAAGGCUCAAAGGAUUCCAGUGAGACCUCGGAGUCCGAAAGUUCUAGUGAGGAGGAAGCGGGUGGUACAGGAGAAGUGGAGGGGAGUUCAGAGGAUUCGAGAAGAGAGAGUCAUGCUGUCGCAGAAAUUUCUGCGCUUGUCAACUAUGUACAGCCUGUGCAUUUUAGCUCCUUUGAGAAUGCUGAAAAGAAAAAUCGUUACUACGAAAUGUCUUCGUUCGAUGAGAAGCAAGCGACGACGCUACUAAAGGAGAGACCGGUCGAAUUCGUUAAUUAUAAUAAACACCAGUUAUCCAGAGUAUAUCCAGCGGGAACUAGAAUUGUUUCUUCGAAUUUUAUGCCGCAGGUGUUCUGGAACGCAGGAUGUCAAUUAGUGGCGUUGAACUACCAAACAUUAGACCUGGCGAUGCAGCUCAACCUCGGAAUCUUUGAAUACAAUAAGCGUUGUGGUUACUUGUUAAAACCCGAAUUCAUGCGACGAAAGGAUAGACGUCUUGAUCCGUUCGCAGAAAGUACGGUAGACGGGAUUAUAGCUGGUUCAUUAUCUGUGAGCGUUGUGUCAGGCCAGUUACUGACCGAUAAGCGUUGUGGGACGUACAUAGAAGUGGAUAUGUUUGGAUUACCCGCGGACACGGUCCGUAAGAAGUUCCGUACACGAGUUGUUCCUAAUAAUGGCAUUAAUCCAGUGUAUGGCGAUGAACCGUUCGUCUUCAAGAAGGUGGUGUUGCCAGAACUAGCGAUGCUGCGUAUUUCAGCCCACGAGGAAAGUGGGCGGUUGCUCGGCCACCGAGUGCUGCCGGUUCCCGAAUUAUGUCCCGGAUAUAGGCACGUUGGCCUUCGAACGGAGCUAGGACAGCCCACGGGAGCCGCAUUACUUCUGCACGUACAAGUCAAGGACUACGUACCAGAUCGGUUGUCGGAGUUGGCUGAGGCGUUGGCGAACCCCAUCAAGUACCAAAGUGACAUGGAGAAGAGGGCUCAUCAGCUGUCAGUACUGACAGAAGACACAGAUUCGGAGGAAGCGCCGCUUGAUGCUGUUAAGAGACCUGUGUCCGGUGUAUCUGUACCUAGACCAGAGAGCGGGAACGACGUCAGUCCAAAGAAACCAGUUGAAUCAAAGGCAAAUGAUUCCGAUACGCAAACAAAUGAAAACGAGAAAUCAACAGAAAAGGACGAACCACAAAACAAAUGGAAUGGCAGCAGUACAGAGGCGAAUAUUGAAGAUACACUAAAAAACUUGCUUGAGAGCAAAGCGGUUCGUGAGAAGAGAGCCGAACUUGGACGCAAAUUGGAUGCAUUAAGAAAGAAGCAGACUAAAGGAAAACCCGGUGCCACCAAAUUCUUUACUAAGAGGAUAUCCAUUAAGAAUAUGAGCGAACAGAGUUUAACAACUGAAGAAGGUAGUACAAUGGAGGGAUUGGGCGGCGGCGCGUGCGCAGGUGGCGUUGAAAUAGAACGGAGUAUGAGAUUGCAGUACCACAAUACGAUAUUUGCUACACUUGAGAAGAUGCUGAGAAACGAACAUGUUCAACAGAUGAAGGAUCUUACUGAGAGACUUGAAUCAAAGAAGAAAGAGGUAUUAAAUCGCCUGGCGACCUCUCGGAAGGAGGACGUGAAGGCCCUCGCCAAAGCCAAUCGGGACAAAGACGAAAUACUCAGACGGAAAAGAGAAAUACAUUCAGAGUCCGUUAAGCGGGGUGUAGCAGAAUGUUCCAAGCUGGAGAGUGAACAUGCCAGACUUCGUGAACAGCUGGUGCAUCAUCACGACAAACUGCGUACUGCUCUGCAGAGACACCGAGAACAGGAGUUACUGGAGUUGGAACGACUCUGCGGCAGCGCGCCUGAAGGCUAAGUCGGAGUUCUGACAAUUCUUUUGACGUUUUGGCGUCCUGGCUUUUGACUAUAGCGCCCCGGAUUUACGCCUAGACGUACGGGGCCCCAGCGCUUGUGAGGCCCUCAAGACUUAUGUAGCGUUCUCUGAGUGAUCUGAUUAUUCUCCAAGUAUUGGAAUCUUAGCUUUGCCAGUGGGGCUCUAUUAGAAGUCGGUUCUGGUAGUUGGGUCCCAGUUGGGCCCUAAGGCCCCAUUGUCUUGGCGUGCGAGUGUUGUUUCGUUUAGUAAUCUGUGAUAUUAAAUCCUAAGUAGGGAUGCGUCGUUCGUAUCGAGUUUAACACGCUUUAUAUUUUUUGUCCUGUUUCACAAUGAAACGUGGUAGAUGACUAAUAUCGCACAAUCUAUUGUCAAUCUAACACCAAGAUCUUAGUUUUUAAGUCAUUUAUGUGUUGUGGCUUAACUCAAUAUUCGAUUCGAUCUCUGUUGUUAUUAAAAUGUUAAAUUUGGUAUUGAUAUUUUUGAAAAAUUUUAUUUCAAUUUCUGGAACGGAAGCAUUUUAAAUAAUGGGAAAUAUUUAGCUUACUUACAUAAGUAUGAUGUGUAUGAUUAUGCGAACCCUAUUUUUUAACAUAAAAAAGGUUAUCACAUGGUUAUUUUUAUCAUAUACAUAAGUUCGAUCGCACAAUUUACAGAUUUCUUUACUGUUGAUUUAAGAAAAAAAAACAAAUUUUUUGGUUCUUUUAAAAUGUUGUUUUUAUAUUAAAAUUCAAAAAUCAAGAAUAACCAUAGUUUCUUAUAAGAUUUAAAACCUAUGUCUUCUAUAGAAUGUAGUUUUUUUAAAUAUGGAAUCGCGCGUCAUAACAAUAACAUUCCAAUAUUUGUUCUUAAUCUGGCAUUAAGAAGUAUUAGGUCUCCUUUUUCUUGAAUUUCACUGCCUUGGAUCGAAAUAUUUACAGUAUCAUACAUGCAUAAUAAACGACUAUUUUCCUUCUAUAAAGAUAAUUUACUUUAUAUUUUCAGAAAUCUUGGUAUUAUGAAUUUUAAAAAAGGUAUUUGUAAUUAAUGAGUGUGAAGUGCCAUUCUAUCGCCUUUCUUACUUAUGAACUGACUAACUGUAAAACUUAUUUUCAAUAAUGUAUUUUCUGAGACUUCUUUAGAUACCUUUACUAUAGAAUUCACGAUUGAAACAGGGAUUCUAAUCCUAAAAAUCUUAUCUUAGAUUGUAUUAAUAUAUAAUAAACAAUAUGUAAUGAAAACCUUGUGAACAUAUUUUCAAAUAAUACUCAAUUCGUAACUAACCAUUAAGCACUGUAAUAAAAAUAUACAAUUAGGAAUGAGAUAAAACAUAGCCAAUAAAUUACAGAACAUAUUGAGAUGGUCAUUGACCUAAAGGUCAAAUACAAAAGGUGAAUGACCGUAAGUUUGAAUUGCGGCGUAGAGAUUUUCACAUCUGAAGCAUGAUUCGGGUUUCUAGUGUUUUUGUUACAUAUUGUAAUCAUUUGGUCCCCUUCGCGUACUACUGUUGAGAUAUUACUCGUGACUUAUACCUAUUUUUAAAACGCCAUUUUCGUAGAGGUGUAAUGUAAUGUUAUAAAUUUAGUAUUAAAAGUUAAAAGUAGUUUGUGAAUUGCAUCCUGUUCUUGCCUUAAACGAUACUGGUAAGCGUAAAGUUAACAUGUUGUCUCUUUUUAGCUAAUGUCUUGGAAAAGAAAAUUGAUUUUAUUACUAACCUUUUGUGUCGAGGUGGGAAUCCUAUUUAUACCUUAGGGUUUUGGCAUUUGCGCUUCUAGAAAACUACAAAGGCCUAUUCAAUAAAAAGUAGAAUUCUUCUGUUAUUAGCAACAAGUAGUAUUAUUAUUGAAUUUCGAUUUUACGGGGUUCCGGGUAGUUUUGCAGGAUUGUUGACAUUUAAAUUCUAAUUUCCAGUGUUUAAAAUACACUUACUUUUCAUUAACGUAUACGUACGUAACACAUACAUGCAUAUAACGUAUGAAGAUUUUUCCAUGCUUUCAUUAUAUUGCCUUGUAAGUGUAGUUGUAGAUAGCAAAUGUUUUGCUUGUUGCUCUGCUUUGGCAAUCACCUUCUUAUGAACUAUGUUAAGUAAUUUAAGGGUUGUGAAUAAUAGUUAUCGUGUAAUGUUUUCUGAAAGAAUUCCUUAAAUAUAAGUGGAAUAAGCCGUCUAGCUACGUACUCUAACAUUUAAAACAGUUUUAGAGUUACUAUAAACUUUUAUUUUUUACGAGGUCUUAACAUUAUUUUCUGUCUUUCUGAACACCGAUUUUAUUUGGUGAUUAAAAUAAUUUUUUUUUUGGUAAAACGUUACUAGCAUAAAUUAUAUGUGGGCUUAAUUGCGGUAAUGUUUUACAUGCUUUUUUUAAAUGUUAUUAUAAAUUUAUUUUUUAAUGUAAACCGUAACUUAAUAUAUAUAUUUAUGUCUAAAAC